GACUCUUGGUGAGGCUAGUUUUAUGAAAAAUGCCAAAAUUAGUACGAGGAUCGUGCAAACGAGGUACGGCAGGCUGCAAGGACUGUUGGUGCCUAUGGAGGCGCACAGAUAUCUCAAACCAAUCGAGGUUUUUCUGGGGGUACCAUAUGCCACCCCGCCCGUCCAAUCAAAUCGCUUCAGUCCGACGCGCACCCCAUCGCCAUGGGACGGUGUUAGGGUGUCCGACAAAAUGGGCCCAGUUUGCCCCCAAAAACUACCGGAUAUCUCCAACGAGACGGCAGCACUGGAUCGUAUGCCCAAAGGACGAUUGGAGUACUUGAAGAGAUUGCUUCCAUAUCUGAGGAACCAGAGCGAGGAUUGUCUGUAUUUGAACAUAUUCUCACCGGCACAAGUUUCAGGUGAAGCCCGCCAUCCUGUGAUAGUCUACAUCCACGGCGAGUCGUUCGAAUGGAAUUCUGGGAAUCCCUACGAUGGGAGCGUUCUGGCCUCCUACGCCGAUCUAGUCGUAAUUACGUUAAACUAUAGAUUAGGAAUAUUAGGUUUUUUAAACGCAAAUCCUGCCCCUCAUCUCAAGGCUCGAGUGGCCAACUAUGGUCUCAUGGACCAAAUUGCUGCCCUACACUGGAUUCAACAGAAUAUAGCUCUGUUUGGUGGUGAUCCAAACAACGUCACCUUGGCAGGUCAUGGUUCUGGAGCAGCAUGCAUCAAUUUCCUCAUGAUAUCACCUACAGUGAUGCCUGGGUUGUUCCAUAGGGCCCUAUUGCUGUCUGGAUCAGCACUGUCAUCAUGGGCAUUAGUGGAAGAUCCCGUGAACUACGCUGUAAAGUUGGCCAAAGAAGUGAACUGCACUAUACCUGAUGACGUCGGUAAAGAUCACGAGCAGAUUGUGGACUGUCUGCGAGAGACUCCCUUGGGGGAGCUUCUAGAGGCCGAAGUGACACCUCCGGCUUAUUUAAGUGCAUUCGGGCCAAGCGUUGAUGGUGUGGUAAUCAAAGCCGACUUUGCCAAAGAACUCGUCACCUACUUCAAACCCCAAGACCUCCAAAGCUUCGUAGGCCCCGUCAACGCCAACCUCAAACGCAGCGAGGCCACCUUGGUACCCAAAGGCAGCAACCCUUACGACCUUCUUUUCGGCGUGGUAACCGGUGAAGCUCUUUGGCGCUUCUCCUCCAACGACAUCCAAGCAGGCUUUGAGGGUGAACGUCGCGACAAGAUCAUACGGACCUACGUGCGUAACGCCUAUACGUAUCACCUGAGUGAGAUAUUUUUUACUAUUGUGAACGAGUACACGGACUGGGAGAGGACGGUGCAGCACCCGAUAAAUACUCGUGACGCUUGCGUAGCUGCGCUGAGUGAUGCGCAGUUCGUUGCGCCGUUGGUGCAGACGGGGGAUUUGUUGAGCGCGAAGCCGCCGCAGACUGGACAGGAAGCUACCGGACCUAAGACGUUCUUUUAUGUGUUUGAUUAUCAGACAAAGGAAGGAGAUUAUCCACAGAGAAUGGGUACUGCCCAUGGGGAAGAGCUACCUUAUAUGUUCGGUGCUCCAUUAGUGGAUGGCUUCAAUCAUUUUCCAAAGAACUAUACUAGAUCUGAGUUAGCUCUUUCGGAAUCGUUUAUAAUAUUCAUUGCCAACUUUGCAAGAACUGGGAAUCCUAACGAACACCACAAACAGGAACCGGUUCUGGCCGCGUCGAGGGAGAGGAACAGGUUCAGAACAAUCGUGUGGGACGAAUACGAUCCAGUACACCAAAAAUACCUGGAAAUUGGUGAGUAG